AUGUCUUUCUCCGGCCGUCGUGUCAGUAUUCUGCGUCCGAGAAAUGCCUCGCUCUCGACCACUCGAGGCUUAUCCGACAAUGAGCUUCGAUCCGAGACCCAUCGUCAGUUCCGUGGAGCCCACGAGGGUCACCGUCCCCAUGCUGGUCUAGAUGCCUCUCGUGCAUCCACCGGCGUCGUCUGGUGUACGGAGCGAGCCUCCGAGCACGGUUUCCUCGAGAACCCCUCGGAAUGGGCCAACCUGGGCCAGGGUGCCCCCGAAGCAGACGAUGGCAUUGAGGGCAGUUUUCCGCGCCCGGAGACCAUUCCCAUCACCUCCGCUGCCCGUGAAUAUGGCCCUACCGCCGGUAUCAAGCCCCUGCGUGCCGCCGUCGCCCGCCUGUACAAUGAGCACUACCGCCAAGGCAAGGAGAGCAAGUAUACCUGGGAGAACGUCUGCAUUGUGCCCGGUGGCCGUGCUGGUCUGAUCCGGAUUGCGGCUAUCCUGGGUAACUCAUACCUGUCUUUCCCCAUUCCUGAUUACUCGGCGUACAACGAGAUGUUGUCGCUGUUCAAGAACAUUGCUCCCAUUCCCAUGCCGCUCUCACAAGCCGACGGCUACCACAUCCACCCCGACAAGAUCGCCGAGGAAAUUGCCCGGGGGACCCAGGUGCUGCUCACCUCCAACCCCCGUAACCCUACUGGUCACUUUGUCGGACACGACGAGCUGGCGGAGAUCCAGGAUAUCUGCCGUGACCGCGCUACUCUUAUUCUCGAUGAAUUCUACGGUGGCUACAACUACACCACCGACUGCGACGGAACCACCAUCAGUGGUGCCGAGAAUGUCGUGGACGUCAACCAAGAUGAUGUCCUCCUCAUCGAUGGACUGACCAAGCGCUUCCGUCUCCCAGGCUGGCGUAUCGCCUGGAUCGUCGGCCCCAAGGAAUUCGUGGAAGCCCUCGGUUCCGCCGGCUCCUACCUUGACGGCGGUGCCAACGUACCCUUCCAAGAAGCCGCAAUCCCCAUGCUGGAUCCCUCCCUCGUCCGUGCCGAGAUGAAGGCCCUCCAAGUCCACUUCCGCGAGAAGCGAGACUUUGUCGUCGGCCGCCUGCGCGAGAUUGGUUUCCGCAUGGACGACGCUAACAUCUCCGAUGGUCUGAACUUCUUCAACGCCUUGUUAUCGGAGAAGGUCAUCGUUGUCCCUGGUAUCUUCUUCGAUCUGAACCCCGCGAAGCGUCGCGAUCUGUUCGAUUCGCCUUGCCACCACUUUGUGCGUCUGAGCUACGGGCCGAAGAUGGAUGUGCUGAAGAAGGGUCUGGAUGGUAUUGAGCGGGUUAUUCAGCGUGCCCGCGCGCUAGGUGAGAAAAAGUGGGAUGAUGAUGUGGCUGUUCAGGAUGAUUAG